AUGCAUUUCACUACGACAGCUCUCGCUGCGGCCGGUCUCGCAGCCCACCAGGCCCUCGCCUUCGGCGGCGGUUAUGGUGGUGGCGGAUGGGGAGGCCCCUCCAAAUACUCGACUCCUGACAACACCGACAACGAGUGUUCUCCAGCUCAAGCCAGCGGCUACGACUGGAGUGGACUCAACCAGGGCUCCUUCAGCGACUACGGCAGCAACAAGUUCAGUGGCUGGUCCUGCUCCAACUCCUUCGGCAAACGCGAUCUCUUGACCAAGCGUACUUUCCAAUCCAAAUGCAUCACAGCACCUCUCGAUGACCAGCCAUCGAUUGGCUGCGAAGGCGACAAGACCAUGUCUCUGGACAAGUUCGAGGUAUCAUCCGAUAAGGACGCCGAUAUCGAGUGCCACUACGACAUGCCUGACGGAUCGACUUGCAAGGAGGUCCACUCCUGCAGCGCCGGCGGAACCGUCAUUCAGAACUCUCAGUGCGGUGGUGCAAAGAGCGUGACCUUCAAGCCCGCAGGCGACAAGAGCUCUGGCUGCAACAUUGGCGUUCACUCUGUGGGCUUCAACUGCGGCUCCGCGUCCAGCACUCCUCCAGCGUACUCGUCGACCGCGCCGCCGUCUUACUCCACGCCAUCGAUCCCAGCUUACAGCAGUGAGACUACUUCUUCGGCUUCCAUCCCAGAGUACUCUUCUUCUAGCGAGUCCUCGCCUGCUACUCCUACGACUUCGACACCAUCUGCUCCUGGCUACAGCUCGCCUUCCAUUCCAGCUUACUCCAGCUCCUCUAGCAGUGAGAGCAUUCCGGCAUAUAGCUCGCCUUCCAUUCCGGCUUAUUCAAGUCCUUCGUCCAGCGAGUCAUCACCAGUCACACCCUCGACUUCUUCAACUCCUUCGGUUCCUGGUUACAGCUCUCCUUCCAUUCCAGCAUAUUCAAGCCCGUCCAGCAGCGAGAGCAUCCCAGCAUACAGUUCGCCUUCCAUUCCGGCAUACUCCAGCCCCUCUUCAAGUGUCGAGACUUCGCCUGUCACGCCAUCGACCUCGUCGACUCCUUCUGCUCCGGGCUACAGCUCUCCCUCGAUUCCAGCUUACUCGAGCUCGUCCAGCAGUGAGAGUAUCCCAGGCUACAGCUCGCCAUCUAUCCCUGCCUAUUCGACGCCAUCUUCAAGCGAGUCGUCCCCAGUGACCCCAACCAUCCCAGCCUACAGCAUUGGAUCGGUCCCAAGCUACAAUGUCACUUCGUCCUACCCAAUUGGCAGCGGCAGCGUUCCUGGUUACUCUAGCCCAAGCAUUCCAGCAUAUGGCAGCAGCUCCAGCACGGAGGUGUCGCCAGUGACGACGAGCCCAUCGAUCAUUUCGUACUCGACAUCGACAGUCUACUCCACCACGCUCGAGACCAUCACUUCUUGUGCACCAACUGUCACCAACUGCCCAGCCAAGAGCGGGUCAUCUGCCGUUGUCACCAAGACUGUGGCUAUCUCGACCACGAUUUGCCCAGUCACUGCUGCUGAGACGAGCUCUUCUCCUACUGGCUACACACCGACGCCUGAGUCGGGAAGUACACUGCCGAAGUGUCUCAACUCGUGGAUGUACCUGACCUCCUGCAAGGGCAACGACGACUAUGACUGCUUCUGCAAAAACAACGACUUUAUCACCAAAGUCUGGGGGUGCCUUUCCGCAUGGUCCGGCUCUCACGACGAGACUCAAGGCUCCGGCUCCUACCUCAUGGGUCUUUGCGCUCCCUACGUGCCCCAGAACCCAGCCAUCAUCACUGCCUGCCCAAGCAGCGUCACCCCAGCCGCGUCCUACUCCUACUCGCCUCAAACCUCCCCAGCUCCUUCCUCGCCAGCAUCCCCACCCCAAGGCCAAACCAUCACCCUCUACAGCACCAAGGAAGAAACCAUCACCAGCUGUGCCCCCGAAGUGACCAACUGCCCCGCCAAAACCCACACAACCUCCUACGCCAUCGGCACAACCGUCACCACAGCCCCAGCAGCCUACAGCAGCAGCAGCAGCACCGAAAUCGCGCCCAUCGGCUCCUCGCCUGCCCCCACCGCCCCCGCCAGCGUCCCCUGCACCACAAUCACCUACAGCACCGUCUACCCGGUCCCGGCGACCUACAGCACAGGCGAAUCCGUGGGCGCCACAAUCCCCUCCAGCAGUAUCACGACCUCCCUGCUCACAACCGUCACGGUGCCGCAGGUCCAGAUCACAACCUACACCGUCACGACGGGCGGCUCGACGACCACACAGCCUCGUCUCGGCUAUGGGUCCCCGAGCCCCGUCGCGGGACCUACUGGAUACAGCUCCGCCCCAGCGCCGGCGCCUUACCCGACUACUUCUGUCCCCGGCCCCGUGGGACCCAUCGGUGGGUCGACGGGGCUGGGCACGACGUACCUUCCUACGCCGUCGCCUUCGAGUAGUCCUAUCACUCCUUAUACGGGCGCGGGUGUCAAGGUGGGAGGAUCGGGAUUGGUGGUGUUUGCGGCUGCAGCUGCUGCUGUUUGUGCGAUGUUGAUGAUGUAG